CCGGCUUGGGACGCGCUCCGGAGCCGCUUCCUGCUUCCGGUGGCGUGCUGGGUCGCCGCGCGCAGCCGUCAUGGCCGCGGAGGAGAAGGACCCGCUGAGCUAUUUCGCAGCCUAUGGGAGCAGCAGCUCGGGCUCCUCGGGCGAGGAGGAUGACAGCGAGCCGGAGGAGACGAGUCGCCGGGCCGCCGAUGCGGAGGCCAAGCCGGCGGGCGGCUGCGGGAACAAGGCGGAGAAGCGGCUGCCGGGCCCCGACGAGCUGUUCCGCAGCGUGACUCGCCCGGCCUUUCUCUACAAUCCGCUCAACAAGCAGAUAGACUGGGAGCGGCACGUGGUGAAGGCGCCGGAGGAGCCUCCGAAGGAGUUCAAGGUGUGGAAGUCCAGCUACGUGCCCCCACCGGAAACCUACGCGCAGGAGAGGAAGCCACCGCCCCCAGAGCUGGACAUGGCGAUAAAGUGGUCCAACAUAUACGAGGACAACGGCGAUGAUGCCCCACAGAAUGCUAAGAAAGCCAGGCUCUUGCCGGAAGGGGAGGAGACGCUGGAGUCAGAUGAUGAAAAAGAUGAACAUACUUCUAAAAAGCGCAAAGUAGAACCAGGAGAAUCAACGAAGAAGAAAAAGUAGAAACCAACAAUUGACAAGGACUUCUGGACUGUUAAACUUGUUCCAGUGUGACUUUGGGCUUAUUAACUUGAUAUUGUGGAUUAUUAUGACAAAGCAUCUCAAUAUGUUAACGAACUAAUAACAUAUUGCCUCAAGAACUUUCCACUGCAGAAUUCAUUUUUAUUUAAGAUUUGUACGUAUUUAAAAUUCAAUAGAAACCUGUGAUUGUGAAAUUGACAACAUUGGGAAGCAUUCUCACUGAAACAACUGGUGGCAUACUUUGAGAGUUUUUGUCACAUUUAACAUGCCAAUGUUCUAUUUGAACCUUUUAUAAAGGAAUAUAUAUUUUUUAAAGUUAAUAUGUUGUACUGUGAACCUGUAGGGUGCUUUUCAACAGUGUACAGUGUAAAUAGAUCAUGAAAAUAAAAUGAUUUAUUCAAUACUACUUUAUAAUAUUAACAUUUGAAUAUAUGUCCGUGAAAAGUAUUCCCUGCCAUCUCCUAUUUUCAGUUGUAAUUAUUUUUACCAUAUAAUUACCUGAAGUAAUGCCCGUUGUGUGCCAGAUGCUUUGUGCGUGUGUUACCUGUUAUCCUCAAACCGUGGUCAAGUAGGUGUUCAUAGCUAUACCUGUUAGUAGAAAGAUCUUGAAUAAUUUGGACAAGGUUACACAGUGACAGCUGCAAUUGGAAUUUAACUUGGACACAUAAACUAUCACAUUGAGCCACUUGUAUGUCGUUAUCUUUUAGGGACUACAAUUAUUAUUGUCUCUCCCUCGUAUCUUAUGUUGCAGUUAGUGCACAUCUUCUGUUCCUGAUUAUUUGUAAGGCUCUAUGCCUUACGAUUUUUCAUUAAUUUCUCUAUUAAAAGGUAAGUUUACUGAAGAUAAGAAUUUUGAAAUGUUUCUUAAAAUGUCUACUUUUUUGUGAUGUUUUUCUCCAUGAACAUUUCCAGAUCACUUGUAAAUGCAUGUUUCAACUCUUUUGUGUGCACCAAAACAAUGUUAAAAUUCCAUUUUCCCAUGAAUGUUGUGAAGAAUAGCCAUCUAAUGUAACCCUACUUGUACAUGUUUUAUUCUUAGUUUUUAUUUGAGAGGCUAGCAGGGCUCCCACCUACUAGUUUACUCCCAGAUGCCUGCCAAGAGCCAGACUAGGCCACAGCACGAGACAGGAACUCAGUCUGGUCUCCCACAUGAGUGACAGGGACUCGGCUCCUGCUUCCCAGGGCGCACGUUGGCAGGAAGCUGAGCCCUAAACCCCCCAGGUAUUCCAGUAUGAGGUAGGUAUCCCAACUGUCAUCACACGUGACACUGAAGGCCUGCCCGCCUCACCUCAUAAUUCAGUGCUUAUCAUAUAGUAAUACUGAACAGUGAACAAGGGUAGGUGUGAGGAUGGUAUCUGCUUUAAGUUCUACAAACCAAAAUACAGUGCAAAUAUUUGUAGCAUAUUGAGUGAUAAAGUUGCAUGUGCGUGAAUAUUUAUACGAUUAUGCCUUCAAGAGGACAUUAACUACAGGGUAUUAAAUGUCCAGUAUGUGAAAAAAGAGAGAUUAACCUUCAGUUUAAAUCUCCAGACUUUUAUUCUUUCAUGCUAGAUCCAUUGAAUCAGGAAUGUGAAUCAGAUUAAAAUUUAUAAAAGAAAUUAAAAA